AUGCGGGUCCCUCACGUGUGGAUUCAGUGCGGGAAAUUUAAUCACGCGGUACUUGUGGUCGGUUACGGAUAUGAUAAAGAACUGGACAAACAUUACUGGAUCAUUAAGAACUCUUGGGGCGACCAGUGGGGCGAAGGAGGUUACAUACGGUUGCAUCGUAACGCCGCCACCAUGUGUCCAUUGCAUCCACUAUCAUUCCAACUGCCGGUAAGUAUUUAA